AUGACACAGCUAGUUACACGGCCCGUGAUGGACUCAUCAGGGGCCUCGCAGCUCGUCAAGAUGCCCCUUGAGGUCCUCCAGCGCAUCGCAUACUUCCUCCCCACCUCGGACCUCUGUUUGCUGCGUCUGACUUGCAAGGCUGUUGAGUCGUCAGUCUUCAUCGCCUUUACUCGCGAGUUCUUCGCCAAGAAGCAGUUCAUGCUCACCGAGUUCAGCCUGCAGACACUGCUCGAUAUUUCCCAGCACCCUACCCUGGGACCUUCUCUCACACAUCUCAUCAUCGGCCUGGAUCGAUACUAUGCUGAUCGGCUUCGCACGAUUCACCUCCACACAAUCGAGGAUGAGUUGGAGCUCCGCGAUGCCUUCAACGCCCAGCAAGAGCUGCUCAACACCGGAAGAGCGUCAAAUCUCCUCGCGCAGGCUCUACGCAACCUGCGAGGCUUACAGACUGUCGACAUACGUGACUUCAACUCACCUAGCCGAUGGCGAGACGGAGGCGCCCAAUGGUCCAGCUAUGGCGCCACCAUCGGCGGCCGCUAUAACCAUCAAUUGGCAAUAGGACCUACUCACUACUCAGCCGAUAAGGACGUCUUCGUCGACCACGCUUUCAAGAUAGUCUUAGUCGCUCUGGCAGAGUCUGGCAUAGAUCUGCCAAAUAUUGAGGUUGUCCUAAAGGAUAGGGCAUGGGGACUCACAUCGCAGGUCUUCGAUAUCCGCCCUUGGCUUGCUCCGACUCUGCGGCCCAUCCUAGCCAAUCUCCAGAGGCUCCAUCUGGCGGUGCUUCUCUCUUCUGAGAUACCAUCGUCUUACAUUACCGGUACUUCUCAACCUCAAGAUCCAGCCAUGACGGAUCCUUUCAAUGCAGGCUUGCGUAGCUUCUUGGCUCUCACUCCAAAUCUGCUCUGGCUUCGCGUCAACUUUCAAAGUAGCGGUCCCGAGCCCACUGCCAAAUUCUUGACAUGGCUAGGCCAGCCAGCACCCAUCGGCAACACGCCUACGCCUUUUAAUGAUCCGGCCCCGAUCAGCCUGCCUCUACAACAGCUUGAUCUUGGCGUACUGAACAUCAGCCCUGCGAUCCUCCUGGCUGCUCUUGUCAAGUUCGCCCCGACCUUGAAGGCUGUGAACCUGUGGGAGAUUGCGCUCGUCAGCACUCAGAGUGACUGGGAUGACAAGGUCAACCUUUGGGCAAGGCUGUUCAAAUCGUUGGCCAACAGCAGCCUCGAUUUACAAUCCUUCAUGCUCGGAAGAGUCCGUCAGGUGAACAGUUCCGGAUUCCUGUCUGCCACGGUCAACUUCGGCACUCGUGCAAACGGGACGCCUGUGGGAUCGACGAGGUGUUCGUCGUCUGCGAAGCACUUUCUCCUGAAGCUUGCGAAAGAAACUAGUGUGGUAUUUCCCGAAACGCCGGAAUACGAGUCAGAAGGGGACGAGGUCGACGGCGACGGCGACGGCGACGACCAGGAUUUGUCCGAUUUCGAUGAAUCCGAUUAG